AUGGCCAACACCUCGCUGACGGAGGAGGGCGAGGACGCGCGCGGCGGCGAGAUGAACACGGACGCGGAAGGGCAUGGUGCCUCCGCGGCGGCCGGAGGAAGAGGAGAAGGAGGAGAGAGUGCCGCAGCGGCUGCCGCGUCACAGCCCUCCAAAGGAGAAAACCACGACAAGAACCCCGACGAGGAGGCGGCGACGCGGACAGCACCAAAGAGCAAAAUGUGCGGCGUGUGCCACGAAAAGGAGGGCAAGUACAAGUGCACGCGCUGCGCAUUACCAUUCUGCUCCGUCCCGUGUAACAAGAUCCACCGCGAGAACCACCCUCCCGACCCCGAACCGUCCGCCGCCGCCGCCACCAGCGCCGGCGACCCGACCCUCGAACCCCUCCGCCCGGCGCGCCGAAGCCGCCUCAACCCCUUCAGCGUCCUCGACGACUCGGAUCAGCUCCGGUACCUCUUCCGGCGGUACCCGGGCCUGCAGACGCGGCUGCUCGACAUCAUCGCCGCCACCGAGCCGCCGCCGGAGCUGCAGUCCACCGGGAGCAGCCUCAACGACAUGAUGAAGGCGCGGGCCAUGGCGGCCGCGAACCCCAAGAAGGAGCAGUGGACGCACGACGUCGGCAUCCGCAACGGCAAGGAGGCGCUGCGCAAGGCAAGGAACGCCGCCGGCGAGGACGGCGAGGGCGUGCGCGAGUACAUUGAGCUCAUCAACCACCUCAUGUCCAAGGCGAACGCGGCCGCCGAGGCAGAGGAGGUGAUUCGGAAGCAGGCUGCCGAGAAGGACGCCGAGCUCAUCAGGCGCCUCAUGACGGAGGACCGGGGUUGA